UAUACAACCAAAGAAAAGAUGGCAUCGCCGAAAAUGGCGGCUUCCAUAGUGGAGAGUGGAGAAGAUGCUUUUCGUAAAAUAUUUAAAUAUUACAAGAGAAGAGACCCUCCGCCAGAUUUCAGCGCUAUCAUUGACUUCUCCAGAGGCGCGCACAAUGAAAGGGUGAGAGGAAGACGACAAGGAAGAGAAGAAAUACAUGCAUUGACAAAUGUCACGUGACAUAAGUGUAGUUCCAGUGAAACUGAACUUAGCCAAUGUGACUGAUGAAGAGGCCGCCAGGGUUGGUUUACAGCCUGUCAGAGACUGGAGAGCCUUCGGUCUGCAGGGUUACCCAGGGUUCCUGGUCAUCUCCAAUCCAUUCCUGAGUGGCUCUCAGUCCUUCUGGGUCAGACAGUGUCUGAAGACCUACCCUCAGAAACCUAACAUCUGCAACCUGGACAUGCACAUGUCGCCCUCGGACACACAGGACAUCUGGGGCAAGAGUUUACAAAGUCUCAGUCAUCCUCCGUCUGGAAGGAAAGAACCAAAGACUCUGCUGGAGAAGCUGCGCUGGGUCACUCUGGGAUAUCACUACAACUGGGAAACCAAGACUUAUUCUGCCAACCACCACACUGCCUUCCCAGCUGACCUCCACCUGUUGUCCUUGAAAAUAAGUGCUGCCUGUGGUUUUCCAGGAUUCCAGGCAGAGGCUGGAAUUCUUAACUACUACAGGUCUGAUUCCUCUCUGGGGAUCCAUGUGGAUGAAUCUGAACUGGACCACAGCAGACCUCUGCUGUCAUUAAGUUUUGGCCAGUCAGCAAUUUUCCUGCUCGGUGGUACACAGAGACAGGACCCACCUGUUGCCAUGUACAUGCACAGUGGAGAUGUGAUGGUCAUGUCAGGACACAGUCGUCUGCUUUACCACGCAGUGCCACGCAUUGUGCCACCACCAGGGGGCCAAUCCAUGCUAGACAAGGAAGGCUGCAGCCUGAGUCCAUCCCUGCACAACAACACGGUGGUGGAGCAGGUGUCUGAGCCGGACUGGACCGUGUGCUCCAGGUACAUCCAGAGCUCGAGAGUGAAUGUGACCGUCAGGCAGGUGCUGGGUCCUGGACAGUGCUUCCCAGAUUCACCAUCCCUUUCUAAAAGAACUAAUGUAGAGGAGACGGACUCGUACCAUGACACACCGGACAGAGAGGACAUGAAGAGAAAGAGGAGUGGCAGCACACACUCUGACAGUGAACAGACGUGAAUCAAACCACAGCACUACACAUACCAGAGUUCACAUGACUUCUGCUUUAUCUGUUUUACUAUACAGCAGUGUUUCCCUACGACACAUAUUUCACAUUAGAUAAAAUCCUAUGGCACAUCACCAAACAAAAAUGUCCUUCAAUUGUAUAUAUUAAGUGUAUAAAUAUUACACUUGAACCUGGGCCUGUUUAGUCGGAUACAGCACUGAUAUACAUUCAGGAAUUGAAGAAAGACACACAACCUCAACAAUCAAUGACAUUUUUUUACUGCUGCCCUCUAGUGGAAGAAUAAUUGAUCUGCCUGUCACUAUAGUACAGACAAAUGAAGACAAAUCACCUGCAGUAAAUUAAUAAUUGUUUUCAGACCAAUCAAGUGAAAUUGGAUCAUUUUCCAUGGUACGCUGGACAGAGGUUGGGAAUCACUGAUGCAGACAAAUGGUUGGAAGUUGAAGUGUGAAGGUGAACACAAACAGAUGCUUGUUGUAAAUUAAUGACACUCAUUAUUAAAUAGAAGUAACAGUGACAUGUAAAAGGAAGUGCUGUUCAACAUUGGAUGUUGGGAAGGGACUUAAACCAAUUACAACAUAUUUUAUAUUGUAUUUGCUAAACAAUCAUCUAAAUUAAAAUGUCAGUUGU